UAGGAAUUAUAUAUAAAGAGCCAUUACCAGAACGGUCUCAUCACUAACAAAAAAAAAACAUUAUGCGUGUAUUUGUUACUGGAGCAACAGGGUUUAUUGGCUCUGAAAUUGUGAGACAGCUUAUCGCAGCUGGACAUGAAGUGGUCGGUUUAGUGCGUUCUGAAGAAAGCGCUGCAAAACUCAAAACUGCUGGAGGCAUACCUCAUCUUGGUACACUUGAGGAUCUGGAUAGUCUGAAGAGUGGAGCAGCACAUUCUGACGGCGUUAUCCAUACAGCUUUUGUUCAUGACUUUAACAAGUAUCAAGAGGUCUGCGAUAUUGAUGUUCGUGCGAUUGAAACGAUUGGUGAAGCCCUCAAAGGAUCUGAUCGUCCUUUCGUUACCACUUCUGGAACUGCGGUGGUUCCCCUUACUGGUACGGUAGGCACAGAGGUAACCCAAAUUAGUCAAUCGCCAAUUCCACGUUACUUUGGGGAGAUAGCAACUUUGAAAUUUGCUUCUCAAGGAGUGCGUUCCUCAGUUGUCCGCCUUCCACCAAGUGUUCAUGGGACCGGAGAUUAUCAGUUCGUGCCAAAGCUUAUUGAUACAGCUAAAAGUAAAGGUGUCUCUGCUUAUAUUGGCGAAGGUGUGAAUCGAUGGCCUGCCGUUCACAGAAAAGAUGCCGCUAAUCUAUUCAUAUUGGCACUUGAACAAGGAACUCCUGGAGACAUCUUCCAUGGUGUUGCCGAUGAAGGUAUUCCGACCAAAGAUAUUGCAACCGUGAUUGGCAAACGACUCAAUUUACCUAUUGUCUCCAAACCCUCUGAAGAAGCAACCGACCAUUUUGGAUUCCUUGGCACAUUCUUUUCUUUGGAUAAUCCAACUUCAAGUACCUUGACACAGCAACGUUUAGGCUGGAAGCCUUCACAUCCCACACUUUUGGCUGAUCUGGACAGUGAGGCGUACUUUUAAGAACUAGAACAGAAUCGCCUGCCUAGUAAAUAAUGAUAUUGGCAUCAACUCAGGAUCGACAGUCAAAGAUAUUUGGUUAGAAGCAGCACAUAAUUCCAAAGCCGUCGUCAUACUGCUAAUGAGACCAUCCUAAGCAAGUUUUGCCUUGAUUAUUGAUUCGUGAUUCCGAAAGGUAAAAAUUGUUUCCAAGGUAUCUAAUCACGAACGGAAUAGGAUCAAUUAGUGUAUAUAUGAAUAUUCUGAUGUCGAUAUAUAUCCCAA